UGAUGGCAUAGGCUCCUUCAUGUACCUGGGUUUGUGGGCCGCGGCGUCCCUUCAUAGCACGGCGACCCUGUCCAUACAGAGGGUAACUGCGGUUUGUAUGAGCUCCGGCUCAUGCACCGUCUCAAUAUUUUCCAGUUCUGCCACGGCCACUCUGGCUGGGCAGGCCAUUCUUUUUUUUUCCAUCUUUUUUAGUCCUAACCCUAACCCUAUUGUAUUCUAAAAAUGGAAAC